CGCUCCAAGACCCCAGGCCCCAUGGCGCAGAAGCCCAUCAGCAGGGCCGCGGCCGAGCGCAUGAACCUUGUGGCCCAGGACGAGAUCUGGAAGUACCGCCUGAAGGCUGAAAACGAAGCACGGCAAAACUGGGCCCCGAACUGGGGAUUUUUAACAACCCCCCUCGAGGAGCUGACCAAGUGUGAAGAAGAGCCCGCCACCCCAAAGCCCAAAAUCGAGCUUCCCGAGCGCUUCCGCAUCCGGCCAGUGACCCCAGUGGAGAAAUACAUCAAGGUGCUCCCAUCCCCCCCAGUCCCAAAGACGACCCAGGGCUUCAUCGGCUGGAGAUCCGGGGUGCCGGGCCUGAACAAGUGGCUGGAGCACGAUUAUGAGAUCAGAAGCUGCAAAGGGGCGUAUGCCAAGGAGCUAAACUGGCCGAAGCAAGGUGUCCACUGA